AUGAGUGCAUGGCCAGAAGUUAUUACGGCGAAAUCAGAAAACAGACAUGAAAUCAAGUUAUCAGGCGCCGCUAUUUCAAAGCGAAUUUCAGAGGAAGGUUUAGAUAAAAAUGUAUUUCAGUUAACCAACAUAAAUCUUUUAAAUAUCAGCGAUACUUGUCUAACAAGGAUACCUGAUGAAAUAAAGUACUUGGCGAAUCUACAAUCUUUACUAUUAUACGGUAAUAAAAUGACGGAAUUUAAUGAAAACAUAACCUUAUUACAAAAGUUAAAAGUUUUAGAUGUUUCAAGAAACCAACUUACAUGUAUUCCAGACAGUUUAAAUAAAAUGAAAGAGCUUACUAACAUAAACUUAAGCUCUAAUGAAAUUUCUGAGAUGCCUAAAAUUGGCGAUAUGCUAAACCUUAUAACAUUUGAUCUUUCAAAUAAUAAGCUUACGAGUUUCCCUGACAUGGAAGGAGGGAGUUUUCCACACUUCACAGAUUUCAGGAUUAAAGGGAACUUAAUUGAGGUAUUGCCUGCCUAUGUUGCUAGUACUUUACAGUCUUUAAAGAACUUUGAUAUUAGUGACAAUCAAUUGACGACUAUUCCAGGCGAAAUAGCUUCUAUGUCGAAAUUAAAAGAACUAAAUCUAAAAGGCAACAAACUGUCUGAUAAGCGCCUCAAAAAGCUUGUUGAUCAGUGUCGUACAAAGCAAGUUUUAGACUAUAUAAGAGAACACUGCCCAAAAGCAGACAAUGCUCAACCAACAGGAAAGAAAGGGAAAAAGGGCAAAAAAGAAGAACCACAACCUGAAGAAAAUAUUAAUGAUCUUUGUCACAGUCUAAAAAUCUUACAUGUAGAUGACGACACAUUAAAAGUUAAAAUAGUUGAGAAUGAAGUUUGCAAUAUUCGCCCCUUUAUCUUGUGUUGCAUAAUUAAUGAUUUGCAUUUUGAUGAAGCAUUAUUCAAGAAAUUCAUUCAGAUGCAAACUAAAUUACACGAUACAGUCUGUGAUAAACGCAAUGUUGCAACAAUAGCUACACAUGACAUAGCGAAGAUGCCGCCAGGUAAUCUUGUAUACACAGCAAAACUUCCUUCAAAACUAAAACUGACACCUCUUACAAGAUCCAAACCAUUUACUGGUGAACAACUGUUCCACCAGCUGACCACCGAGGCAGAAGCUCUAAGAAAGGAGAAGAAAAGAAAUGUGUAUUCUGGUAUUCAUAAAUACCUAUAUUUACUGGAAGGAAAACCCAAAUACCCAUGCUUGGAAGAUUCUCAAGGUAGAGUCAUCAGUUUUCCGCCUAUCACUAAUUCAGAUGAUACUAAAAUGUCUUAUGAAAGUAAAUCAAUGUUGGUUGAGGUGACAUCGCAUUCCUCUCUAGGGGCCUGCAAGACUGUGAUGGACAAACUUCUCCAAGAAUGCCUCAUGCUAGGCAUUGGAGAUGAAGAGAACUCACCUUAUCACACUCUCACCGUCCAACAGGUGAAAGUGGUGGAUUUAGAAGGGAAUUUGAAAAGUGUGUAUCCAUCCAGAACAGACUGUGUGUUUGAUGAAGCGUCAGUUAAAGUAUUCAGAUUAUCUAAAAAGUAA